GCCACGGAUUCAUCUGGGAUCCUCAGACGAGCCCGGAGAGACGAGGGAUCAAGGCAGCCCAUUAGAGCCAAUUGCCCGCUUCGGGAACUGCCAGCCCUUCCAGGCCCGGUGACGGGGGAGGGAGGGGAAAGACGAACCAGCGCUGCUGCGGGAAGACACUGAGGCAAGAACGACUCGCCCCCCCACCCCCACCUUGCAGCACAGGCUUUGAAAGCUGCUCCCCCAUCUGAAUGGAAACUCGGAACCACCGGGCGGCGCGUUCCUUCUCACCCAGCCUUGCAGUCCAUGCCGAGGGGAAGGCGGUGCGAGCCCGCACCAGCGUCCAGCUCCUGGGACAGGGCCCGCAAGGCUGCUGAGCAGAACUUGACCGAGCCCCUUCCUUGCUGCUAGUGGAAGCGAUGCUGCACGGCACAGCCAGCGCUUCCCCGGCUCUCCUUCAAGCUGAAGGUUACCCACCCGCGCAGCCAGCCCCAGCCCUGUGAGCGCCGCGCCUCGGGUCGCGGCUCCUGCUGCUUGGCGGCGGCGCGCAGGGCAACGACCGGGCCGCCCGCGCCGGGGCGCACUGCACCAGCGGCUUCGGCUUGGUGGAUGUGUAUGCAUGAGUUCUGCACCGAAUGGGCGCAAAAAGCGCCCCAGCCGGUCCACCCGCUCUUCGAUCUUCCAGAUCAGCAAGCCCCCGCUGCAGAGCGGGGAUUGGGAGCGCAGGGGCAGCGGCUGCGAGAGCGCCCACAAAACCCAACGAGCCCUGGACGACUGCAAGAUGCUUGUCCAAGAGUUCAACACGCAAGUGGCCCUGUACCGAGAGUUGGUCAUUUCUAUUGGGGACGUCUCUGUCAGCUGCCCCUCACUCCGGGUGGAAAUGCACAAGACAAGAACCAAAGGCUGUGAAAUGGCCCGACAGGCACACCAAAAACUCGCUGCCAUCUCAGGCCCAGAAGAUGGUGAGAUCCAUCCAGAAAUCUGUCGGCUUUACAUCCAGCUGCAGUGUUGCUUAGAAAUGUACACAACAGAGAUGCUAAAAUCCAUAUGUCUGCUGGGAUCUCUUCAGUUUCAUCGAAAAGGGAAGGAGCCUGGCGGGGGAACCAAGAGUUUGGAUUGCAAAAUCGAGGAGAGUGCUGAAACACCUGCUCUAGAGGACUCCUCCUCAUCUCCCGUAGACAUUCAGCAACAUUCCUGGCAGGUUUCCACAGACAUCGAGAACACCGAAAGAGACAUGCGAGAAAUGAAAAACCUUUUAAGCAAACUCAGGGAAACUAUGCCUUUACCAUUGAAAAAUCAAGAUGACAGCAGUCUUCUAAAUCUAACUCCCUACCCCCUGGUUAGAAGACGGAAGAGAAGGUUCUUUGGGCUGUGUUGUCUUGUCUCAAGCUAGGCGAUUCCUCCUGGAAACCCACCAUUGGGAAGACCUGAAAAUAUCACAAAACCUGAGGACCUCCAGACAGCUGCACCACAGUUACUGGGUUUUGACUAUGUUUUCUAUGCUUCCUUAUUGCUUUUAUCCGCCUCCCGUGCCCUUUUAAAUGAUUUUACAUUUGAAAGCAGCUGCUGUCAAGAAAAAAAAAAAAACAGAUUCACAAAGCAGGCUGUUUUUAAAAGGAUUUUUAAAGCUGACAUAGUGCAUGUCUGCUCCAAACCAUACCAUGACAGAAGCAAGAAUUAUGAUUUUUAAAUUAUUCACAGGUUUUUUUAAAUGUAUUAUACAGAGAAAAAUUAUUUCAUGUAUGAUAGUAUAUCUGUAGCUCUUGCUGAUCUCAUAUUAACAAUUUAUCACAUAUGAAAGAAAUCUUUAAACAUAGAAAUCUAUUUAAACUGCAAAACUGUGUUCAAAAAUCCAAUCUAUCGAUAUCAUUAGAAAUAUUAUAAUCAAACAUAUGCCACCUUACUAUUGCUUUCUCUGCACUCAGUUACGUUUAGUCUUCCAUUUUGUCAGAAUCUAAGAGCUUCAACAUAAAAAUAUCUUAAUUUAUAAUGCAACAAAACCAUAUAUGAAAAGUAUUUAAAUUUUGUAAAUAUGCAAUAAUCCUAAUACCUUCGUACAAUGCAAUGGGCAACUAAUUUCCUUUUGAUCCAAUGUUGUCUUUUUCAGCUUCUUGAAGAGUGAAGUAAUCCAGUUAGGAAAUGGUGUAGUAACAUAUACAAUUAUCCUCAAAUGUAAAAUUGAGUAUUCUCACAUUUUGUUCUAACUGAAAUCUGAAGCAUGAUGUCUGCACAUCAGCAUAGUGUUAAAUCUUCUAGGGCAUGCUGGAAUUAGCUCAGAUCGUAAAAAUAUUUAACAUUUUACAUUGUUAAUAAAAUCUUUUUAGUUAAGCUAAGCUUGUCUCAUUUUAGAUGACUAUGCAGAUAUGACUUUUCCAAUGUGUACUUGGUGUCUUGUCUUAUGCUUAGACUCUUGAAAGCAGGACACGUUAAGCAAUACUAUAUUUUAGAAAGGAGGAAGCCUGGAGCUUUGUUUUGCUGCUCACAGCUUUGUUGUGAUCUUCCUCCACUGAACUUGUAACAUGGUACAAAUUUAGUUAUAUUUUCCCUUGUUCUUCCUUUGGCCCAUUUCCCAGACAGAAUUUCCCAUGGGGUGAGAAAUCAGACCUUUGGAAUUCUUUUCUUGUUUUCCGUAGUCUGAAAAAUCCUCAAGUCAGACAAGAGGCACCAGUAUCUAGGACAAUAAAAGGAUGAGCUAGAUGCCUAUAAGUGGUUUAUCCAAGAUGCAUCCUUAAUCCCAGCCCUAUUCUUUCUCAGUACGAAUGUGCACAGGUAUUUAUAUGUCCACCAAUAUUUUGACCUAAAAACUAAAUAUAUUAAAGCUUUUAGCUUUAGUGAAGAGAGAGGUACGUACAGAUGAACUACUGGAGUAAGUAUUGUAUUAGGUUGAAUUAUAUGAAAUUGCUGAUAUUUGACUGUUUUGACCUAUAAAAAUGGCAAUUGCAUACAGUUCAACCUAAUAUCUGAUGUUUGUGGAAAUUAAACUUGGAAUUGUCAUCUAGCUUUUUUAAUUGAAGGUGAAAGGAUUAAAGGGUUGGAAGAGAUCUCAAAAGGCUAUGUAGGCCUCUAUUUAGAUUAUAUCUGCUGGGUUUUGGCCUUAUUCUUGGAAUCCAAAGUGUGUUCCAAUGAACUGGUAAUUAAUUAAUGCAUGGUUAUAGGUAUGUCUGAGUUCAUAUAAGAAGUGCCCUUGAAAGUUUAUAAGAAAAUCCAAUUUUCUAAAUUAAAUAUUUAUAAAACAGUUGUGGGAAUAUGCUACUUAAAGAUUUCUACGGUGAAUAUUCCCUUGCAAAGCAGGUAACCACUCCCAGAUUUACCUGGUCUGCAAACCCUGAUUUUCGUAAAUCAGGUUUGAUUUACGAAAUCAAUAUCCUUUCCUGAAUGCGGUUCAUUUUCAUCCGCGGAGGUUAAUUCACUUCAGGGCCAUUGUUUUAGAAAUUAUGAAGUAGCCCAAUUUGGCAUGCUCUCAGCUCCUGUCUCUGCCCUCUCCCACCCUUCCACUAUAUUAAACCCUUAGCUUCAAAUUAGUUCCUACUAAUCCAUGCAAACUUAUUAACUGAUAAGCCCAACCUUAGUGUUCAGCACAUUCUUCUAAAUGCCUGACCUAAAUCACUUCUGCUUGGUUAAUUUGUGCUCACUCUCGCCUUAGUCUCAGUGUGAAAGUAACACUUACCUUUCGUGCAAUUGUCCUUUGUACAGCUGAAGACUGUUAAUAAAUUCAGGUCUCACCUCCGUGUCUGGGAGGGCUAUAGUAGCUAUUCAUGGAGAUGGGAAUUUGUCUAAUUCCCUUGCUAGGCUUUCCAUAUCUAAGGUAAAUAAAUUCAGCCACUUUAUCUUUUAUUCAUAGUGCCUGUUUCCCAGCCUUUGAUCAGUUUUGUAGUUCCCGUGGACACACUCCAAGAUUUAUAGAUCUUUCACUAGCGGGUCCUAAAAUUAAAUUUAGUGCUCAAAGUCUAAUAACCUACACUGGCUCAUGGUUGCAAUAGGUCAUUCACCAUCUCCCAUUAGAUAUGCCAGUGCAUCUCUUUAGGAGCUGACCCCACCCUCCUCUCACCUACCAAAGGACUUUCUCAGGUGUAGUUCCAUGAGGUAGAGUUCUACUGUCUCGGCUUCCUGCUGGUAAUUCGCUUUCAGAUUAGCAAUAACACCGAGCUGAAACAGAAAAGGACGCAAACUUUUUCUGGCACACAAUCACCCAUUUUACCACCAUAUUUUUAAUACCCCGUGUUGAUUCUUUUUUCAGUUUAUAGAGGCAAUACAUGUUCUUUGUGGGAAAUUUGAAAAAUACCACCAAGUAUAAAGAAACUAAAAUCACCAGAAUCCCAGCACAAUCAUAUUGUUUAAAACCACAUUUCCAGGCUUCAAAUCAGUCAGUGGCUGGGCCCACAGGCACUUUUGGAUAUGGUGUGUGAAGAAAUGCCCUCAGGGCCAAGGUGUCACUUUAAAAAUCUGUCCACUAAUGCUUUGCACACGUCUAGGAGCGGAUUUACCGCACACUUCUGGUUGUACCAGUGUUCAAGGGUGCAAAGAGGACUUUAGAAGCAGCACAGCCCUGAUGCCUCCUUUAAUGAAAGCUCUUGGGGAAAUUCUAAAAUCCUGCCAGGUCAUUUUGUUCCUCGCUGCUCCUGAAACAGUUGGGAUACUUACUGUUUGGCAAUACUGCCACCUACUGAAAGCUGGGCUUUAAAGUGAGGGGAAAACAAAUACACAGAGGAUAAAAGCAUCUAAUUUCUUUUAGACAGCAAACAAAUGGGCCAGAUUAACAAUGAUCCCAUAUGGAAUUUCAGACUCUGGAAGUCUCAAAGUUGAAAGGAUUAAGAAUAUCAUCCAGACUAACUCCCCACCCCCCACAUGCAUACCUAAGCAAUGCCUGUCAUUUCUUUGUGAUCUAGAACAUCACCAAAUGCAAAAUGCUCAACUUUCAGGUAACUAUAGAUAGGAUGAGAAAAAGCAGUGAUGCUAUUGGCCAAGAAUAAAUCAUUAGAAUUAAAUAUAAAGUCCAAAAAUAAACAGAAGAACACAGAAGAAUCGAGAUGACAUUUCAAAUCCAGGAGAAAAGUUGAGUUAUUAAGUAAGUUAUAUUGGGAUAACUGGUUAGCCAUUUAUUGGGAGAAAUAUUAGAUCUAUACCUCAUAACUUUCAUCAAAAUAAAUUCUAGGUGAAGUAAAGAUUUAAACGUCAAAGCACAUAAAUAAACAUAUAAAAGGACUAGCAGGCAAUAUUGAUGAAUAUUUAUGUAAUCUUAGUGUGGAAAAAAGGUUUCCUCAGCAUGACACCAAAGGAUACCAAAGGAAGAAACCACAAUGUAUACCAAGGAAAACAUAAUGUAUACCAAUGUAUACCAAAGGAAGAAACCACAAUGGAAACAAUGGAUGGAUUUGAGCAAUUAAAAAUGCAAAACUCUUAUACAGUAAAAAACAACAAACCAAAUUAAGAGAAAACAAAAUUUGAGAUACAUGCAACAAAGAGUGUAGAUCUCUAAUAUAUAUCAAGAGCUUAAACUUCGUUACCUUUGGAAAGUUUCUGUGAUCUACAACUCCCUUCCCAGCCAGGUGUUCCCAUUUCAUUCUUUCCUCAUUGCCUUUUUUUCAUUAUUGCUUGUUUAACUGUCUGUUUAUCUCCACUAAACUGGAAGUUCAAGAAGGCAGCAACCAUGUCCAUUCUGCUUACCGUCAUACCCUCAACACCUAUCACAGUGCUAGACACAAAGCAAACACUGAAAACAUGUUUAUUGAAUGAGUAAAUAAUGAAUGCUUGAGUAAAUGACAUUUUAUGACUCAAAAAAAAUAAAACUUUCCAGUAGAAAAUUGAGCCAAGAACAAAAACUGGCAAUGUACCAUAAAUUAAAAUAAUGCACUAACAAUAAAUAUGGAAAUAUUUGAAAAUACUGGUAAUCAAAAAAUGCAAAUUAUUAUGAUAAUUCCUUUUUAUGUAUCAGAAAGGCAAAGGGUAUAAAGAAUUAAAGUUUCCAGGGACAGCGAAGAAGUGUGGAAAUGAACCUUCUCUUACAGAGUCAACAAGAGUGUAAAUAAUUCGACCUUUCUGGAAAAUAUUUUGGCAACGUAUUUUUCAUGUAUGGCAAGUAAUUCCACUUUUAGGGAAAUUCUCUUUAAAAGGAUCAGAAAAAAUGAACUAAAAUACAUUCAUUCAUUAUUCAAAAAAUAUAUGCAGGAAAAGGAGCUUAUAACAGCAUUAUUUGGAGGAAUGGAAAAAAUGUAAAGAAGCCUACAGUAUAGUGUUGGUUAAAUAUAGUCUAUCCUUUCAAUGGAAUACUGUGCACCAGUUAAGAAUAAGCACCAUAUGUAUAUUUAUUGAAAUGAACAAGCUAUAUUGUUAAAUGAAAAGGGAAGUUACAGAAGAAUAUCUACAGUAUGAGCUCAUUUUAAAAAUAUAUAUAUACAUGUGUGCAUUAAAGAGUCUGAAAGGAUAUUUACUAAAAUGUUAACAGCAUUUAUCUCUGGGAGGUGAGAUUUGGAGCAAUUAUAUUUUCUUUUUGCAUAUCUGUAAUUUCUGAUUUUUCCACAAUGAGCAUGUAGUAUCCGUAUAAUUUUUUCAGGGAAUAAACAACAAUGUUCACAAUAUGUAUUAAAUGAAAAAUACGUGUUAUAAAACAGUAUGUAUAGUAUGACACAAUAUUUGUAAAAAAGAAAAUUAUAUAUAAAUAUAUCUAUGUAUGUAUAUAUAUGCAUAAGGAAGCUAGAAGGACAUACACUAAAAUGUUAAUAGUAGUUAUUUAUGGGUAGUGGGAUUAUGGGUGAUUAUUUUUUCUUUUUGCUUUUCUGUGUUUUCUAAUUUUUCUACAAUGAAUAUGUAUUACUUGUGUAAUAAAAACUAAUAAUAAAAGUU